CCGUGGCUGGGGGCGGGGGCAUGUGACGUCAGGGGGUGGAAGAAAACAGCAGAGCAGGAAUCAAAACAAGCCCCGGACACGCCUUCGCUCUUUAAGGUUAAAGCACUUUCUAUUCGCUGGAAGCUAAGUGCUGCUGUCAGAGCCGCGCAGCGAAAACAGCCCGCCGUCCACGAGAAGAAGAAAAAACAACAACAAAAAAACUGAGAAAAACGAAAGAAGAACAACAACGCUACUCAAAAGAGCCACAGCAGAUAGCUCACAAAUGGAGUCCAGAGAAUUAUCUGUCAGUGCUGACAGCAGCAGAGGCAGACGCUGCUGUUAGAGGUCGAAAAUAAACACUGACACUCAGAAUCUGUUUUAAAAUGCCCAACCAGAAGAACAACAAGGGGAAGAAAAGCAAACGCACCAACAGCAGCGGAGAUGAGCAGGAAAAUGGAGCCUGUGCUGCCGCAACAGGAGGCGCGGCCGCAGCAGUGGUGGCGGCGGCGGCGACAGCAGCGGCCGCAGCUGCUGGACCCAGAAACGAGCGCUCAGGUGAGGUCCAGUGUGCGACUCCGCUGGGUUGCAGCCUGGGCCGAGCCAUCGACCUGGAGAAGGACGACUACCAGCGUGUGCAGUGUAACAACGAGCUCUGUCCUUACGGCAACUGGAUGCACAUGCAGUGCUUCUACGAGUGGGAGAGCUCUAUCCUCGUCCAGUUCAACUGCAUCGGCCGAGCGCGGUCCUGGAACGAGAAGCAGUGCCGGCAGAACAUGUGGACCAAAAAGGGCUACGACCUGGCCUUUAGGUUCUGCUCCUGCCGCUGCGGUCAGGGUCAUCUGAAGAAAGACACUGACUGGUAUCAGGUUAAGCGCAUGCAGGAUGAUCGCAAGAAGAAGCCAUCGGAGAGGAGCUCAGGUAGGACCGGGUCCAGUGGAGGAGCUAUGGGGUCCGGGGAUGGGCCCUUUGAAGAGCCUAAGAAAAUGAAGCCACCUGGAGGAGCAGCAGGAGGAGGUAAACCGUCCCACAGGGCGUCCAGUCAGGAGUUACCGCGUAGACAAUCAGUGGACCGGCAGAACUCUACAGAGAGAGGAGCCGCAGGAGGAGGAUUCCCUCAGAAAUCUCCAUCCGACUCUCCUGGACAAUCUCCUCCUCCCGGUUUCUCCCUUUCCCCGACUGCAGCUUCUGGACCAGGGACAGGAAUAAGGAGCUCCCGUCAGCUGGGAGAGUUUUUAAAAUCAGCCGUCCACAUGGAUCCGCAGAGGAAACACCUUCUGUUAGGGGGAGCCCUCAGUAGGGGAGGAGGCAGUUGCUCAGGGGUACCUGGCAGCAGUGGAGGAGGUGAUCGAGGUCCUCACUUGGAGCCUGGGGUCCUUCCUCUGCCGCUGUCUUUUGCCCUGCCACUCCACCCCCGCCUCACCUCUGGUAGUAUGGGGGAUGGCACCCACCCUCACCCAGUUCAGUUCCUGAGGAGGCUGGACCUCUCGGAACUCCUCACCCACAUUCCUCGCCACAAGCUCAACACCUACCACGUCCGCAUGGAGGACGACGCCCAGGCCGGACAGGGAGAAGAGCUGCGCAGGUUUAUUUUGUCUGCCCUCAGUACCAGCCAGAGAAACGUGGUCAACUGUGCGCUGUGCCACCGUGCACUCCCGGUGUUCGAGCAGUUUCCCCUGGUGGAUGGGACUCUGUUUUUAAGCCCCUCGCGCCACGACGAGAUUGAGUAUGACGUCCCCUGUCACCUCCAAGGCAGAUUGAUGCACUUGUACGCCAUCUGCGUAGACUGUUUAGAAGGCGUCCACAAGAUCGUCUGCAUCAAGUGCAAGUCACGUUGGGAUGGGAGCUGGCACCAGCUGGGCACCAUGUACACGUACGACAUACUGGCUGCUUCGCCGUGUUGCCAGGCUCGUCUUAACUGUAAGCACUGUGGGAAGCCUGUGGUGGAUGUCCGAGUCGGGAUGCAGUAUUUUUCGGAGUACAGCAACGUCCAGCAGUGUCCUCACUGUGGCAACCUUGACUAUCACUUUGUUAAGCCCUUCUCCUCCUUCAAAGUUCUCGAGGCUUAUUGACAAAUGUUGUUAAUGCAUGCUAGUUCAGCUGCUUCAGUUCUCAUAGGUUAUUUUUCUUCCAACAGGUUAGGAAAUGUUUUCUUUUCAUUUUUUGAGCCAUAAGACGGUUUUGUUUUUAAAUUCUAUUUUUGCCCUUUGUUUCCUACGUAUGGGGAAAAUAUAACUCUAGUUUUAAAGGAGAAACAAAGUUACUGAAUAAAAGUUCCAGGACAGUUCGUCUCUGCUGUUAGAGCAAGUGUUGAAGUGUGUAAAGUGACCCUUCAAGUCAGGUGAACACAUUGAUCUGUGACCAGUGAAUGUAUCCAGAAGCCAAAAGUUGUUUUUAUUUUUUAUCAGGAUAAAAGAAAAUCUUGAAUAAAUCAGAGGACAAUUACAAACCAGAGUGGCUUGAACUUCAGGUUUUUUGUUUUAAAUGUAUAAUGUGUUGGUACUGGACACAGUUGUUGCAGUUGAUCGGACAUAAUUCACGUGAAGUAUACUAAAGUAUGCUGAUAAUGUGAACAUUGAUGAUACUGCGACAGCUGGACGCAUCCGUGAGCAGGUGAGAUGCAAUACACACAAUUUGUGAACUAACUCGCUUGACUUGUGGGCUGAGGUUUCCUUCCUUUGUUAAAGAAACAUUCACAAUCAAAUGACAACGGCCCUUAACCCUCACUGGUUUUAACUCCUACAGAGUUGGCUCCAAGUGACAAGGUAAAGUCCUCAUGAUCCUCUCACGAGACAAUCCAUGCUCUCCCCUGGAUCGUUCCAGGCUGGUGGAAUGACUACCAGAACAGGGGCGUCCCUGCCUAUCUUCAAGAUCUUCAUGAAUACCCAGCUCUCCAGUGAGCACCUCCUGUCCUGCACCUUUUUGCACCCCUGCACUCUCACCCUCUGCUCUCCUUUUUUAAUACA